UCCCUUGUAGUUUGAGCGGUGUCGUUAAGUUAACAAGAAAGCGGAACUAGCCAGCUAGCUGGAGUUAGCUAGGUUGACGAGUUGCCCUACUCCGUCUCCUUUUCCCAACCAGGAUACAUGAGAACAACCACAGCAUUUUUAAAAAAAUGCCGCAGAAUAUUGAGCUCGGAGCCACAGGCGGAGCCGCCAAACAGGACAGCACCAACAUGGACGACAUGAGUGUGGAGCAAAUGGCUGUCAGAGCCAACCAGCUGACUGAUGAGUCUCUGGAAAGCACAAGGAGGAUGCUGCAGAUGGCAGAGGAGAGCCAACAGACGGGAAACAAAACCAUGGAGAUGCUCGACCACCAAGGAGAGCAACUGAGGAACGUGGAGCAGGGCAUGGACCAGAUCAACCAGGACAUGAGGACGGCUGAGAAAAACCUGACGGACCUGUCCAAGUGCUGCGGCCUCUGCGUCUGCCCCUGCGACAGGGUGUCAUCCAUCGAGAACGACUCUCGUUACAAACGCACGUGGGGCGAGGGCGAAGGCGACGGCAAAGGCUCCAACGUCGUCUCAAGGCAGCCUUCGGGCGUUCGCAACGGCCAGACCGCCCAGACGAACGCCGCCGCGCCGUCCGGCCCCUACAUCAACAGAGUAACUAACGAUGCGCGGGAGGACGAAAUGGAGGAUAACCUCCAGGCCGUCGGCGGCAUCAUCGGCAACCUGAAGGACAUGGCUAUGAAUAUGGGCAACGAGAUCGACAAGCAGAACGCUCAGAUCGAUCGCAUCAACGAUAAGGCGGACAUGACUAAAAUACGCAUCGACGAAGCAAACACAAGAGCCAACAAGCUCAUCAAAUAGACGUGGAAACCUCCUGCUCUUCUCACGCAUCCACUUUCGGCCCGUUCUGCAACACACAUUAAACACGUCUGCACAAACACACACACACACACACACUUACCAAGAUAAAAAUGUAAAAACAAAUUAGAUCAUGAAGACUUUUCACCAGGGUGCCUUUGACGGCGUCCGCCGCCCUGUAAAGUCAUCCUAGACUGUCUGAAGUGGUGAGGGAAUCAGAAACGUAACCAAAGAGGAAGCGACUGACUGAGCGUCAACUGCUGUUUGAUACCAAAUAUCCCAACAUGGCAGCAGAACACCAGGUCAGCUGGUUUCUCUCUUCCUCAGAUGUCCGGUGUGUGUGUGUGUUGUGAUGUGAAUGUCCGAGGUCACUUAUUCACACCUAGAGACUGUAAUGAAAUCUAAAAUGGAAACUUCUUAAAUUCUCGAAUCCUAGGUUUAUUAUUCUAAUUGUUAUUAUUGUGUAACGAAGCUCAUUAUCACGUGUUGUUGUGAUCUGAUUAUGCCUAAUUUAAUUAUCCGCCAAGCAGAAAUGAAGCGAGGAUAAAGGUGUUUUCAGCUCUUUGUUCCCAUGUUUUUGCCAUUUCAGAUCUACAGGCGUAUCCUCAAGAAACUAGACAUGGAAUAUCAUUUGGGAAUUUCAUUUGAAAAGUGACACUCAAAACUCACACAUGUGGUAUAUUUCAUUAAAAAAAAAAAAUCAAUGCAGCUGAUAGGAUUUUUGAUGCAGGUAAUGUAUGUUCAUGGACUGAGCAGUAUAUGAACAUAGUCAUCAAAAUUGAAAUGCAUAACUCUAUGCCUAAUGAUGAGCUUCUUGAUUUGAAUUGGGGGGGGGAAAAAAACUUUUUAAGGAUGUAUUUCUUGAAGAUUCGCCUGUAAAUCCUGUAUCAAAAGCCUUAUAAAUCCAGAAUGUUGCCUUUUUGGAGUGAAUCAGGACAAAAAUCUCUUCAUGCUGGAAUUAAAAAAAAAAAAAAAACAAGCUUCCCCAUUAAUUUCUCACAUUUUGAUGCUUCAGACUGAGGUUCUUGUAUAAAUAUAAUAAUUUCCUAUCAUAAGAAUUCAUACCUACCAAAUCCGUCAUUAAUUUAUUAGCUCCUAAAGCAAAUAUCAACACUGAAUUUGGGAAUAGAUGGCAGGGCUUAACCAUUAAAACUUCAGCUGUGUUACAUUUAUCUUUAGGUUUUGUUUUUUUGUUUAUUUUUUUUUUAGGUUUUUCUCUCUGAUAGCAGUGUUGAUGUAAAUAUGAAAUACUCUCUAACUGUGUAGUCAUUCUCUCAACCUGACUGCAUUUUUUAUGAUGGUUUAAUAAAGAUUUAUUGCUCCCUAUUGGAGACUGAGCUCCUUCACAAAUCAGGUAAUGUGCAGAAAAUUCACCUCCUCAUACUCUGUAAAUGCACAAUCUGUAAACGUAUAUAAACAAAUGUUCAGUCCUCAAACACAUUUGUAAUAUAUAUUUUUUUCUUUGUUGAAUAUGUCACUCGGGCAUUGUUUAAUUUUAUUUUGUGGUUUUCUGGGCGUAUGCUGUAAGCUUUGAGAAGUUCAGAUUCAGAAAGCUUUGUGUUUUUUUUUUUUGUUUUGUUUUAUAGUAAUAUGUGAUCUUCCCCAUAUAAAUUACAAUUACUGUGUUGUAACAGUCAUUGUAUCACCUGCUGCAUCCACUCGGUCUGUUUAAACAACGCCGCCGCUGCAAGCGUUAUUGCAUCCGACAAUAAAACAUUACCUCAGUUUAUUUUUGUCAGAGCGGCCAGGCGGAGGGAUUGCAGCUGGCAGCAGGAUGCAGAAACAUACGCGGUAUGUAAAUGAGCUGCUUAAGGUUGACGCUGGAUGUAUCCGGUGGGGCUCUGCCACCGUCGCGCCUAACGAUAAGUAAUAGCGCGCGCUGAACUCGUCCCCCAUCAGCGUCUCCUGGCUUAUUUGUUCUGAAUAAAAAACAAUUGUCUGCCUGCUUGGCUGCAGGCGUGCGCCUAUUGAGUUUGUAAAGAUUGACAUAAGCUGUUGUUCGGUGCGCCGCGGCGCUCUAAGUGAUCGUCCUCGGCUCGUUACCGGUGACUUGAGAUCUAAUUAGUCUGAAGCUGCCCGCCAGCAGUCUGCUCUUCGUGUCACCAACAGCUACCAGAAUGUAAACAUUGGUCUAUUUUUGGUUUGUUCGUAUGCAGCUCGACUUAACAGAAACUGGCUUGUUGUUUCACAUCUGUCUCUAUCACAUUGUUUAUACUCAAUAAACUAUACUCUGAAGUUUGA